AUGAAUCGACGUUUCCCAGAGUGUAUAGUCUUUUUGGUUCUAAUUUUCUGCCCGACAGCCUAUGGCACCCUUUCAAAAUCAGAUCGGAAAGAGAAGUCGAAAAUUUUUCAUGGAGCGAAACAAAAGCAAAAAGAGGAAAGCAACGUUAUGAAGCAGUCACAACAUUUCGAGGACAAUGCCGAGAAGGUCACUGUUGCAAAUAUACUUAGCAACCAUCAUAAGUUAUGCAUGGAGGAGAAGAAAUUCAAGCAUCCUAUAUUGGCGUAUGUUACACCGUGGAAUAAUGGUGGAUAUGACAUUGCCAAAUGGGUGGCUCGAAAAUUCACUCACAUCUCUCCUGUUUGGUUUCAGUUUAAACCUGAAGUAAAACAACAAAAAACAUGUGCUAUACUUGGAACUCACGAUAUGGAUAUACAAUGGUUGGCUGCAGUUCAUACAAAUAAUUCAGAAAUCAAGUUUGUGCCACGUUUUGUCAUCGAUGGAUCAGCACAUGGAAAUAUUGAACGAUUUUUAUAUGACGAAAAAUGGCAAACAAAUUGUGCUCAGCUAAUUGUCAAUUUCAUUAAGAAAAACAAGAUGCACGGGGCAGUCAUAGAAGUGUGGCUUCAAGUUUUGUCGUUGGUUCAAACAGAAGUGAAAGAGGAACUGGUCGAAUUGAUUUCACACUGGGCAGAACUUUUCCAUCAGGCUGAUCUUGAAAUUAUUGUGCCUCUUCCUGCACCUCUCAAUGACAAAAAUGAGCCAUUCGGGUUUGUAAUGAAGGCUGAAUUAUCGAGAAUAAUACGUGAUGUCGACUAUGUCAAUGUGAUGACAUAUGACUACAGUGCUGAUCGUUUCGUUGGAGUGUCACCAUUUGAAUGGGUUCAGCGCAAUUUUGAAUAUAUUUUGUCGGAUUCAUCGAUUAGUUCAUCCAAACUUCUUAUGGGGCUUAAUUUUUAUGGCUAUGCUUCCCAGCAAUCUGCUAUCAAAGCUGUUAUUGGCAGAGACUUUAUCAAAUACAUAGCUGCACGACCAGAAGCAUUGUUUUGGAAUUCCAUAACGAAAGAACAUUUUCUCAAAAUAAAGGACAAAAAUUUUUGCAUUUAUCCAACAGUGACAUCUUUGCAAAGCAGGCUUGAUUUAGCCAGUCACUUUAAUGUUGGGAUAGGUAUUUGGGAACUCGGACAAGGCCUUAAUUAUUUUACAUGCUUGCUUUAA